GUAUUAAUUUGAACAAUAAUUUUUGUCCUAAAUUACUAAUUUCACUGACUGCUGGAAUAGUGGAAUUGCAUGUUAACCCUCAACCUCCAUGAUGCAGUUGUGUUUACUUCCUGCUGUCGAGAGGAAUAUAAAUGAAGAAUGAUGCAAUAUUAAUGCUUUCUAUGUACAACCUUUUAAGAAUCUUCUUUAAGGAGUUGCAGUAAGAUAAACACUGAAAAUAAUUUUUCUCUGGUACAAUGUGGUGAAGCAGAGGAACUGAAAUUGUCCACCUUUGUACAAGCUAAGGACUUAAAAUGUUUGUUAUUUUGUGAGUAGAAGCAGUUCUGGAGUGAAUUGAACUUCUGAAAAUGCGGCCAUGGACUGGUUCCUGGCGUUGGAUUAUGCUCAUCCUCUUUGCUUGGGGAACUUUACUCUUUUAUAUUGGUGGACACCUGGUACGAGACAGUGAGCACCCAGAUCACUCUAGUCGGGAGUUAUCCAAGAUCCUCGCUAAACUUGAACGGUUAAAGCAGCAAAAUGAAGACUUAAGGCGGAUGGCAGAAUCUCUCAGGAUACCAGAUGGUCCCAUUGAUCAGGGACCAGCUGCAGGAAAGGUACAUGCUUUAGAGGAGCAACUUCUAAAGGCCAAAGAACAGAUAGAAAAUUACAAGAAGCAGACAGGAGUUGAAGGCCUUGGAAAAGACCAUGAAAUACUGAGGAGGAGGAUUGAAAAUGGGGCUAAGGAACUUUGGUUUUUCCUCCAGAGUGAACUGAAGAAAUUGAAAAAUCUAGAAGGAAGUGAACUGCAAACACGCAUUGAUGAAUUUCUGUCUGAUUUGGGUCAUCAGGAAAGGUCAAUAAUGACCGACUUGUACUACCUCAGUCAAACAGAUGGAGCAGGAGAUUGGCGAGAAAAAGAGGCCAAAGAUCUAACAGAUUUGGUACAGAGGAGAAUAACUUAUUUACAGAACCCGAAGGAUUGCAGCAAAGCUAAGAAACUUGUGUGUAAUAUCAACAAAGGCUGUGGCUAUGGUUGUCAACUCCAUCAUGUAGUUUACUGCUUCAUGAUCGCUUACGGCACUCAGCGGACGCUUAUUUUGGAGUCCCAGAAUUGGCGCUAUGCUACCGGUGGCUGGGAGACUGUAUUUAGACCCGUGAGCGAGACAUGUACUGACAGAUCAGGUUCCACCACUGGACACUGGUCAGGUGAGGCUAAUGAUAAGGAUGUUCAGGUGGUGGAACUUCCCAUUGUUGACAGCUUACACCCACGGCCACCUUAUUUACCCUUGGCUGUCCCUGAAGACUUGGCUGAUAGACUAAUUCGUGUUCAUGGGGAUCCUGCAGUGUGGUGGGUUUCACAGUUUGUGAAAUACUUGAUUCGUCCACAGCCUUGGCUAGAAAAAGAAAUAGAGGAAGCCACAAGGAAACUUGGUUUCAAACAUCCAGUGAUCGGUGUUCACGUUCGAAGGACAGACAAAGUAGGAACAGAAGCAGCAUUUCAUCCGAUUGAAGAAUACAUGGUACAUGUUGAAGAGAGGUUUGAACUUCUCGCUCGCAGAAUGCAAGUUGAUAAAAAGAGAGUGUAUUUGGCUACAGAUGACCCUUCCUUAUUGCAAGAGGCAAAGUCCAAGUAUCCAAAUUAUGAAUUUAUCAGUGAUAACUCCAUAUCCUGGUCAGCAGGACUUCACAACCGAUACACUGAAAACUCUCUAAGAGGUGUUAUUCUGGAUAUUCACUUUUUGUCUCAGGCAGACUUCCUGGUCUGUACAUUUUCGUCCCAGGUUUGUCGAGUUGCCUAUGAAAUUAUGCAGACGUUGCAUCCAGAUGCUUCAGCAUAUUUCCAUUCUUUGGAUGAUAUCUACUACUUUGGGGGACAGAAUGCUCACAACCAGAUUGCUAUUUAUGCUCAUCAUCCACGAACUGCUGAUGAAAUUCCCAUGGAACCUGGAGAUAUAAUUGGAGUAGCUGGAAAUCACUGGGAUGGUUAUUCAAAAGGCAUCAAUAGGAAAUUAGGAAGAACAGGCCUGUACCCAUCCUAUAAAGUUAAGGAGAAAAUUGAGACAGUCAAGUAUCCUACAUAUCCAGAGGCUGACAAGUAGAUUAAAAGGAAGACAUUCAGCAGUAAUUCUCCAUUUUGAUUGGUUCAAACCAGUCAACAACACACUAACUAAUGGUUUAUAUGGGAUUUGAAUUUGCAUUUUAACAUGGAGUUAAAAUCAAAGCCUUUGCAAUGAAACUGGAUAAGAAGCUGAGAACAAAUGGAUGGGCUAUUAUCUGAACUUACUCUUAAACAUUUUUGUUAUAUGCACUCUCACACAUGCACACACAAACCCACAUAUAACAGGAAAACUGUUGUUUUAUACUUUUUGUCUCUUUUCAGGAUUUAUCCCAGUCAUUAGUUUUACAUGAGCUUUGGGCUCUUCUCUCUGCCAUUAAUUGACAAUAAUGUUCAGACUUAUAACACUGCCACAUUGUGUAAUAUGAGUGACAUGAACAUAUUUUGUAUGUGCAAAAUUUAAAACAUGGUGCCUAUAUUUGAAAAGUUUGUGACCUUUUUAGAAGAGCCAUGCCUAUUUCACAAUGGGCAAGAGUCAACUUUCAUCUGGUGUUACCGUGACCACUGAACUUGCUUCAAACAAGAUUCAGAUUUCAGAGUAGAUUUCUUUACAAGUUUGUUGUUUGUUUUUUUUUUUUUUUUUAGCAUUUCAUUGAUCACUUCUCAUCAUUAAUAAAAUAAAGGAUAAAUUCAACAAUAAAAUAGUCACUGUCUGUUAGGAACUUUUGUAAACAAUGCCAUGAACAGAUUCUUUAAUAGUGAUAAUAUUUCUGAACGUUGCUUUUGACUGAAAAAAAACCCCCAACAACCCCCCAAACCCACAAAAAAGGGAAAAAGUAACUGGAAUUUCAUUGAAUUUUAAAACACUUAUGUAGUAAAAUAAUUGUGUAGUGGCACAGUGCUGCUCAGUUUUGUGGACAGUAGGUAACAGCAGGCUGACUUCAGCAACUAAAUUUCUUAUAUUUACUCUUUAGCACUAUUUUUUUACCUUCUAUGUUUCUCUUCUGAAAUUAAUCCAGAUUUUAGGGUAUUAUAGGUGGUCUCUUAUCUUUUUGGCAUUGAAUGUAGUUACUUUGAAGUAAAAUACUUCAGGUUAUCCCAUUUAUAGAACCCAUCAAUCUGGACUACUUUAAAAAAUUUCCCCCAAAAAUAGUAGGUUUGAGGAAAAUAUACACAAGGAUGAAUUUUUAUGCAUGUCAUGAGGUUGUUAGUAAUUCUUAGUGUUCUGAAAUCUUUUGCUAGUCAGCUCUCUAUUAAGAAAAGACAAUUCACAAAACAAUUUUACAAACAAAUUUAUAGAUUCAGGAGUUGUGUGUAUAUAUAUAUGUAUAUAUACAGAAUAUGCAAGAUAACAAGAGAUUGUUUCCAAAUAAGAAGAAUAUUAAUAGCCUUUUAUAGGUUCUAGUGCAAUCCAGUCUGGAUUACUGGAAGUGCAGACAAUGUUUACUGUUCAGGGAUUGAGAAAAUGCCACGUGAAUAAAGAUUAAAAGAGUGUGGCUGGUUGACCUAACAAAGCAAAAAUAUAUUUAGCUAUAUUUAUGAAUAGAUGAAGGACUGUGUUAACAUAGUGAAUGGAGGUGCUUGACCAUUAAUAAAUGUUAGGCUGAAAAAUAAAAGGAAAUCUCUGGCAGUGUGAAGUUCAG